AUGGGCACGAGGUGCCGGCGCGUCGUGGUUCAGCUAGCACAGCGCGGAUUGCGCGAUGAGUUGCUGAGGGCAAGGCGAGACGUCACAUCCGCUGACCUUAACCUGGAUAGGCCCCCAAGACGCUUCUACCUCAACAAAAGGCUGACUCGUAGCAAGCAGCUGUUCUUUGUAUUCGACAAACUGCUACUACCUUGGGUGGAAGUGUGCGUGGACCAAACACCGUAG